AUGGGUGUGGAUGACGUAGGCUCUGCGGAGGAGAUACCGGAGAAGAAACGGAGGCGCAUGCGACGCCAUCGCCCGAAACGUAGGAUAAGUCAAGCAACUGAGGCGGACGACGAAACCCUUACCUUUGUUGGUGAAGAAGGUGGGGAAGAACAGCAGGAGUACCCAGUGGAUGAAGAAAAGGCGGCAUCCAUGCCCGAUGUUGAGGGGGAAACGUCUGGACGUCGUAAAAGGCAACGAGAAGAGGAACCGGGGAAGUUAGAGCAACCUGAAACCAACGGUCCGCCAAUUAAAGUUUCAAGGGACCGAGAGAAGUAUCCCCCUGUUUCCGACUACAGGUCGCUGAAGUUAAAUCCUCACAUAGUAACUGCAUUGGAGAAUGACUUCAAGUUCCAGGAGCUGACAGGCAUUCAGGGACGAUGCAUUCCUGCUGCCCUUGCCGGUCGAGAUCUCCUUGCAGAGGCAAAGACAGGCUCUGGUAAAACUUUAGCUUUUCUUAUCCCAAUAGUGGAGAUCAUCACGCGCGUGGGUUUUCGUCAGCGAAGCGGAACGGCUGCAAUCAUCAUUGGGCCAACGCGUGAGCUGUGUCUCCAGAUUGAAGGAGUGCUGCUGAAGCUGCUCAAACACUUUAACGGAUCGGUAACGUUCCUCUGUUGCAUAGGCGGAAUAAGUCGGAAGCAAGAGGCGUUUAAACUUGUGAGUGGCAUGAUGGUUGUGAUGGCCACCCCUGGGCGUCUCUUGGAUCAUCUUAAGCUUACAACGGAUUGGUUAACAAAGAAUUUACUCGUUUUGGCCGUCGAUGAGGCGGAUCGUGUGCUUGACAACGGAUUUGAAGAUGAUAUGCGAGAAAUUGUUUCUUUACUGCCCAGGCAGCGACAAACGUUCUUGUUUUCUGCGACUCAAACAACUAGGGUCGAACAGUUGGCUCGCGUGUCGUUCUACCGACCACCCCUGUUCAUUUCAAUGAAGCGUAAGGAGGACAAGGCAACCGUUGACACGUUGGAACAGGGUUAUGUUAUUUGUCCUUCACAGCAGCGGUUGCUUGUACUGUAUCACUUUGUCAGGCGGAAUCUGAAGAAGAAAGUAAUCGUUUUCUUCAGCAGUCGCAAUGCUGUUAGUUUUCACUGCGAGUUGUUUAACUACAUCGAUGUUCCUUGCGUUGCCUUUCACGGAAAACAAAAACAACACCAGCGCUCGGCCACGUACAUGCAGUUUUGUAACGCCCCUAGCGGCGUGCUCUUUACCACAGAUGUAGCUGCCCGUGGUCUCGACAUUCCGCAGGUUGAUUGGAUCGUUCAAUUUGACCCACCUGACGACCCCGUCAAGUACGUCCAUCGCGUUGGCCGUACCGCCCGUGCUGGUCGCACAGGGAAUGCUCUUAUGUUUCUUCUUCCCCAGGAGAAACUGUUUCUCAAGUAUCUGCACGACGACGCCCAUGUGUCAGUGAGUGAGUACACAUUUGAUCUUAAUAAGGUGAAGGGAAAUGUAGCUGAGCAGCUGGAGCAGCUUGUGAGUGCCAACUACUACCUGCGCAGCUCCGCACGCCUCGCGUAUGAGGGCUAUUUGCUCAGCUACAGCAGCUCUCAGUUAAAAAACGUUUUUGACAUUCACAACCUCGACCUCGCCGCAGUCGCCAAAGGCUUCGCCCUAAGUGAGCCACCACCGCUGAAGUUGGAUCUAUCGCAGUCCGCUGCGCACAUGAGUAAGAAGUCGCGGCAUGAAUUCCGCCGGAUGAUGGAAUCCAAGGAUAGUCAAAGGCGGAGGCUGAACGAAACUACGCUGAAGAAGCGCCGGGAGAACAUCAGUGGUGAGUGGUAG